CAAGUAGCCAAAUUUUCUACGUCUGCCGUUAUAAUUCAUCCCUCAAACGAGAAAACCAAGACAAACAGAAUCCGGAAGGAAAUCUGUUUGAUUCUAAGGAAGUAGGAAAUGAACCAGAACGCAAAGAUGCAGCACCUCGAGCAACCUCUGUUGCUUCAGCACCACCAAGUUGAUGGGAGCUACUUCGACCACACAAGCAAAACUGGCACGGCAGAUUUGUCGUGUUGCAAGAUUAGAACCGCGUCGAAGCAGGACCAGGUAUUCGGGGCGAUAUGCAUCGCAAAUAUGUCUGGGUCUGGAAAGUUGUGAUGCUAAUAGUACAUGCAUCACAAACUGAUUCCAAUACGCAGCCACGCAUGAGAAAUUCACGAGCGCUUACGUCGUGCGCAACCAGCAUGAGAAAUCGCGUUUUUGUAUGACAGAGGGUUGACGUCGCUAUUCCACAACAUGCAUCACAGAGUUGAGGGGUAAUAUGCGAGUGCAGCAAUACAAAUCUCGCAAUCUUCCACAGCCAGACCUAUUUGCAUUUGAUAGGCGAUGCAGAAGAACUACGUCCUUCACGUAGAUGAUGACAAGAACAACGGCAAUGAAAAUAACGAUGAGGAAUAUGUUGAGUUCGAAAACAGUCGGAGCAGGUCCCCCCAACUUGUACCCCCGCCAGGAGCGCCCGCGCGACGGAGUUUCGCGAGCAAAGUAGCGCUGCAGAAACGGCUGUUAGAUUUCCUUUACCUGCUUAUCGUGCGGAAAAAUCCCCCCUCCCCAUAUUGAAAAGGUAUGUUUCCGAAAAUUUGUGUUGCUGCUUUGAGGUCACAAAUCGCAUUUGUCUUGCAAGAAGACAAGGGCAGAACAAGCUUCCGCCCCAUUAAUAGGGAAGCGAUUUGUCAUGCUGUUGGGCCUAAAGGGGAGCCGUUUGCCAUGCUGAACAACUAGACCCAUACGCCCCCACCUUGCCUGGGGAUCUGGCCGCAGUGCCUCUCUGCAAUACAAAGCUGAUUUGUGUACACAAAUCCAGCAUCAGAAAUUCCGUUUUGAUAUGGGGAGGGGGGAUUUUUCCUUUCGAUACUGCUGUCGAUGUGUCUCGUCGGCUUAACCUCGAACAUCGUGUGCAGCCUGAUCGUAUCAAAUGCAAAUAUGUCUGGAUGUCUGGAAGGAUCCGAACUUGUGAUGCGUGUUGCGGAUCAUACAAAGAUCUGUGAUGCAUGGCAUGCAAAUAAAGGUGCCCACUUCUGGCCAUGCUGAUGUUGAAAGGGCAUUUCUCAUGCAGGAUGGGCAUCACCAAGACCAAGAGGCUGCGCAAUGAAUCUGUGAUGCUAGGCUCUGCAUUCCAGACCUGGGGUUGCUUGGAAAAACUGCAUUACAAAUGUCGGAAUCUUGUUCCAGACACAGACAUAUUUGCAAUGCAUAGAUCGCGCCGAUCCUCCCCGCGGAGUAUGCUAAGUUAAACAUCGACGUCACGUGGGUUGGGUCGGUGUUUGCGGUCUACUCCGUUGCGGUUUUGCUCUUCACCCCGGUGAUCAGCGAAAAAAUUGCGGCGAAAAAUUCAUCUAGUAGUAAGAACAGUGAAGAUGAAACUAGUACAUCUACGGUUUCUACCACUUCUACCACCGAAAGAACAGGCAAGGAUCUUGUCGACGCGCAGAUGAAAACCACGAAGAGCAACUACACCAGUUCCACGACAAAAACCCGCAUUACGAUUCUUCUCUUCGGUCUCUUGCUGCAGGGGCUCUCCGCGAUUUUGUUCGGCUACACGCCGAUCUGGUUUGCUUCCAACCCGGAAUUUGUCCUUUACCUCCAGAUUUUUACAAGGUUGCUUGGUGGGAUCGGCCAAGCGUUUUCGAAUCUCGCAAUCUUCAGUAUGGUGGCCGACCGGUUUGUGGACGACCUGGGAUUGGUCAUGGGGUUAUACGCAAUACAAAUUUUGAUUUCCUGCUGCACACAACGUGCAUGUGCAAAAUAUGCACUACAAAUAUAUUUUUUCGUCAAGUAUUAAGUUGAGGAUUGAACGAAACUUUUGUCAAAUCCAGAAACCGCAUUUGUACAUCGUCGUGUCGUGUGGGAAAUUUUGAUUUACUGUGGAUAGGUGAAACGAAGUUAUUAUCGGCGUUGGGUUCUCUUGCGGGCCGCCGAUCGGGUCCUGGCUAGAACUCAUCGGGGGCUCGUUUUCUUGCCCGUUUUUGGUGUCGGGAUGCUUGAUGCUGUUUGUCGCGGUCCCGGUCGUGGUUUUGCUCGCGUGGUUUGAGCUGGGAAGUAGGAGCAACCGGAAAAUAUUAAAUCGAAGUCUGGUGCAGCCGGAGCCGGGGAAUAAAGAUAACAGCCUCGUCCAACCUCCAUUAGCGAAAGCCAAAGUGGACGCCAAGAACGUGGAGCAAGAACAAGCAGCACAGACUCCUACUCGUACUCCUUCGUACACCAAGAACGCGGAUAAGAUUACUAAGGAGGAGGAAGCCACGACGUCUAACAUCAACCUCUACUCUGUGCUCGCAAAAGACAACUUCGCAAUCCUGAUUAUCCUGAGUAAAAACGUCCCCACCCCAGAGUUGUCAUGCAAAUGUGCAACGACAGUGCAACAUUUGUAAUGCGCAUCUCCAUGAGAGUCAUUUCCAUAUCUUGUUUUGGAGCUUGUCAUGCUGUAAACAGGAUGAGAACGAAGGUGGCCUUGUCAUGCGGCUUCCGUUGCCAACCACCACUACACUGCAGAUGGAAACUUGUCAUGCACAACUCCCAAAACUUUGGGGAUUUGUGUUGCAGAUUUACCAACUUGACUAUGGGGAGGUGGGGACAUUUUUGCGCAGGAUACUGAUUCCGGCCGGUUUUCUUUUUCUCGGAACCUUCGUUUUCGGCCUGGUUGAGCCCAUCUACGCGAUUCACGCGAAGCAAUUUCUCCAUCUAGACGUCCUCCAAAUCGGCUACAUGUACGCCAUUCUUUCCAUCUCCUACAGUCUCUGCGGCGUUCCGGCGGGCACCAUUGCGGACCGGGAGAAACUGUAUCUCCGGAGCCUGAAGCUGGGCGCGGGGGUGUCCGGGUUUUGCUUGCUGCUGCUGGGGCUGUAUCACUCAGUUCUGCUGGGCGAGGGAAGAAGUGACGAAAGAAGAACGUCGACUGAUGAACUACAAGAGUGCACAGUUAUUGAAGCGGUGAUUUUGGUCCUCCUCGGUCUGGGACAGGCGUUGCUACUCGUGCCAACGCUUCCUGCCAUGAAGCAAACGCAGGAUAGCGGAAUCCACAACUUGCAAGACGGGCAACCUAUGCAAAAAUCCGAAAACACCAACAACACAAACACCGAGUCCGUGACGGAACAGGUCGUCGCUUUGUUCAACAUUUUCACCCAGCUCGGCUUGAUUAUUGGGCCGUUGCUUAUGGGGUUCUCAAACGUUACAUUCUCAGCCGUUCCAUGAUUUGUCAUGCAAACUGACCAUGAGGCGCAGGCGCCAGAUGAUGAAGCUGCUUCGCAUGACAAAUUCUCAGAGAGCUAAAUAGCACUAGAAUCCGCACCAAAUCUGUAUUGCAAGACGCGCAAGGUUCUCCCUCUCACCUGUGCCAUUCUUGCAUCACAACUUCAUGUAACAGUUGAGAAUGUAACAGUUGAGAACGCCAUAUUGCUCGGCGCGUGGUUGCGGAAAGUUUCGGGGUUUUCUAGCACCAUGUUGCUCGGCGCAGUGAUGUAUGGAUUGCAAAUAUGCCUGGGUCUGGAAGGUUGCAACUUGUCAUGCUAAUUCUGGAUCAUGCAAGCAUCUGUGUUGCAUGAGUGCCAGAAGCUGUCCACUUUCGACCAAGUUGGCAGGGAGUUUCUCACGCAGGAUAGGCAUAAUAGGGAUCUCACAGAAUCUGUCAUGCUAGGUGCUGCAUUCCAGACGACAUGGAUAAUGGAAAAUCUGCAUGACAGGUCUCGGAAUCUCCCAGACCCAGACACUUUUGCACAGGAUAUGAUGGUUUGGGGCUACCUGGCGGUGGUGUUGCUGCGGACGGGAAGGGUAGGUGGUGGCGGUGACAGGGUAACGAAAGCCACAUCUUCAAGCAGGGACGAGAAAGAAGAGAGUACUUCUUUCGGAAGCAGUUCGACUGGGGUUGUUGUUCAAGAAAUCUAAUGAUGUCUAUUCAUUUUAGUGGUUCGCUUUCAAUUCGUGUUGUAAUGGGUAAGAAUAUCAAGGUCGUUUCUACACACGAAGAGCAUGCUGUUUCUAAUACCUCCAUCAUAUCUUGAAAUGUUUCGCAACGCGCCUGUAGAAAAUAUUGAAACAGAAAGUUUUCUUUUGUUCACCAGAAUUUUUCGUUGUCUGUAGAAUGCGUUGUGUACUAACGGCAAACGCGACCGGCAGGCACGGCAAGGCAGCAUUUACCAUUUUUUUACUGUUGAUUGAAGAAAGUCGGAAAAUUAAUGAAAGACGUGCCACGAUUGGUGGAAAGAAGACAAGAGAUACGAAAUAAUUGUCAUAGCGUGG